AUGCCACUUUCAAGACGAAAUAAAGCAGUUAUUGCAACAUCCGUUGCCAUAAUCAUAGAUGCUGUGAUUUCUCAAAAAGAGAUGGAUGAUAAACUAAUAGAAACUGGAGCGUUGGUAAUUGAUAAUAUAGAGCAUAAAUUGAGAAUAUGCAGAGCACCACAGAUACCACGUCCAAAGACCAAUGGUUUUUGGACUAAUAUAUUUCCUUAUUUAAAUGAUGAAAAAAUUCAGGUGGCAAUUGUCCUUCAACGUCUAGCAAAUCCGAUUGGAUAUCGCCAGAUAGAGCAGACGUUUGGCAUAAGCCAAGGAUCUGUUACACACUUUACUAAAUGUUUCCUCGGAGCGGUCUUGGAUUCUCUGCAACAUUGUAUUCGCUGGCCAGGUAAUCGAAUGGAAGAGGUGAUUGAAGGAUUUGCACCACCAGAGUUAAGAAGACGCAUGCCUAAUGUUAUUGGAGCAAUUGAUGGAUCUCACAUACCAAUUCAGCAACCUCGGACAGCAUAUCAUCAAAGAUAUAUAAACAGAAAAGGCUUUCAUAGUAUUGUUCUAAUGGCUAUAGUAGAUGAUACUGAACGGUUUACCUAUAUUUAUUCAGGCCAACCAGGAAGUAUGCAUGAUGCUCGAGUAUUCAAACAAUCAAGUUUUUGGGAAGAGCUUAUGCAAGAUGCCAGUAAAUAUUUUCCUGCUAAUACCCAUUUGCUUGGUGAUUCUGCAUUUCCUCUGUUGCCCUGGCUUCUUGUGCCAUUUAAAGAACAUGCACAACAACGCCUUACUCGAGCUCAACGGCAGUAUAACAAAGUGCAUUCGUCAGCUCGUAUGGCAGUUGAGAGAGCGUUCGGAAAACUCAAAGCGCAAUGGAGAAUAUUGAAGCAGGCUAUGGAAGUAAUCGAUUUAAGAACUGCUGUAGAUAUUGUUGAUGUGUGCUGCAUCCUCCACAAUAUGUGUAUUGAUUGUGAUGAUUUGUGGGAAAAUGAGACGGACUCGAAUAGGAGGAUAAAUGAAGAUAAUGAAUAUGCAGAUCCUAAUGGUGUUGAUACACAAAUUCUCCUCUCAGCACAAAGAAAACGGAAUCUGAUUGUAGAGCAAAUGUUCUUACGAUAA